AUGUCCUACCCAGUGACAAACGGAAGAACGACCUUUUUACCACCGCCUGAUGGAUAUGAGGUCGACUUCAAUAACCCGCAGAAACAAGAUGCCAUCGAACAUUAUCUGGUUUUCGGCAUCCUUGGACCGUUUGCUUUUCUAUGUCUUUUGCAAAGACUAUAUACGAAAUACUUCAUAUUGGGAAGUUUGAAGAUUGACGAUGCUCUGAUCAUCAUUGCAUGGUCGGUCCAAAUGUGGUCCAUCUCGAUCGGCGGUCUAUGCCACCACGCUUGGGAGAUGCCAAUUCAGGUCUUCGAGAAGCACAUGCUCAGCUCCUACAUCGCCGCACCAGUUUUCAUCAUCUGCAAUGGCUGCAGCAAAACCUCCCUCCUAGCAUUCUAUCUCCAAAUCUCACCUCAGCUCUGGUUCCGUCGUCUCGUUUUCGGAACAAUCACUUUUGUCGCUCUCUACACCAUUAUCAUCUCGACCCUGCUGUUGUUUGGGUGUAACCCUAUCGCGGCAGCAUGGGAUCCACUUCAGUUUGCGAGUAGGAAGUGUAUUGAUCAUGCUGUGGUUUACAUCAUUAUCGCUGUUGUGAAUAUUAUCUCAGAUGUUAUUCUUUUUGUCUUGCCGAUUCCUAUGAUUAUGCAAUUGAAGAUGCCGCUGGGGCAGAAGAUUGGUGCUGGUAUCAUGUUCGGUAUUGCCACGAUAACUGUCGCCACGUCCAUCAUCAGAAUGGUCUAUCUCCCAGCCCUUCUCGGCGCCCUCGACAUCCCAUGGGUCGCAGCUCCCGCCAACGUCUGGUCCAUAACCGAAGCCAACCUCUUCAUCGUCUGCGGCUCGAUGCCCACGCUCCGCAAAUUCCUCAAGCGCCACGCCCCGGAAUGGAUGGGUUUCUCAUCCAAUCCCAGCGACUCACCCAUCGUGAAGUCUGUAUCAGACUUAUCGUCGCGAUUUGGCCUCGACAAGAAGAAAAAGAAGAAGCAUACUGGGUAUUCUCAGUUCGAUACUCUCGAGUUGAGUAAUUAUCCCGAUACCAUUAGCCAGGAAACACAGGUUAUUGCUGGGAAGGAGGGAUCAGGCAAUGAGAGUCAGGACGAGAUUUUGCAGCAGAGUAAAAUUGCUUACACCAAGUCUUUUGAAGUCUCUCGUACUCCAUAG